UCAACAUGCAGCCCGAGGGACCAAUUAGUUUAUUACAUUUACACAUGUGUUUGCCUUGAGGCUGGACUUUGCCUUGAGUUUCGGUUCCUCAGCAGACAGAUAAGCAAAUUAAGAGAAGAUGCAUCCACAUUCCAAGAAACAGAGCAGUUACAGUUUGAAAUAAGCCUAUCAUUCGGCGCCUAUGCUAAUGAAGCUGGCAAUGUCCGUACCCACUGCCCCAUCCUGUCUGUCCUUGGUAGAUAAGUGACUCGACAAUUUCAGCAUUUGUAGAACAAUAAGGAAUUUUCCAUUCCACAGAGAGGGAUCUUGGGGUCGUGGUGGACAGCUCGUUGCAUAGGCGGAACUGGGGGUGGGGCAGGCAGGGCACGUGCCCUAGGCACCAUUUAGGUGGGGGUGCCACGCCAGUUCCUGCCACCCCCACCCCAUUGCCCCCCUGCCCAGCCCCAGGGGCCCCUCAGCCACUUGCCUCCAGCUCCGGCCUAGCAUCGGCAAAGAGGCCUAAGAUCGGCAAGGCCUGCAAACUGCAGAGCUCUUCUUCUCUCCCUGGCGCCUCUCAGCUGAUCGGCGGGUGGGCAGCGGGGCUUCCAGAGAGGCCUCCGAGUAGGCCUCCCUGAAGCCUGAACUCGAGUAGGCCCCAGCAAGCCAGGAAGGAGGCUGGCAGAGCUCCCUGCAGCAGAGCUUUUGCAAGAUUCUAAUUUCUACUCAUGGCUGUGCGUAGAUGUGCAAAAGAAAAGCUCGAGUAUGCACUGGAAAAUCUUGAUGCGCAUUCCUUUAAAAAAUUUAAAAACAAACUGAAGGACAUUGACUAUGAUGGAGUGGAGAAUAUUCCCAUAUGCCGGUUGCAGAAGGUGCACCGACUGGAUCUUGGGAACCUGAUGUGCAACCAUUACUCUGAAGAUGGUGCAGUAAGUGUAUGUAUACGUAUCCUUGAAGAGAUCCAUGAGAAAUGUAUUGCGGAUAAACUCAAGGAAGGAACACAGAAAGACUGCAGUCCAUCAGCAACCAGGCACAGCACCCCUGAUGUUGCUGGAACCAGUGAGGACAGAAAGCGCAGUCUACCAACAACCAGUCAUGACAGUCCUGCUGUUGCUGGGACCAGUGAGGACAGAAGUGCAGAAGGCAUGCCUGGAACACCUCACAAGCAGAGGAGAAUGGGAAAAAAGUUCCAAGCUUUUAAAUCAGAGGAGCAGCAGCAGCUGAAAAAUUAUGAAUGGGUGGAAUCCCAGGCAAGGGAGAUUCUCAAUUCGACACAUGAGAAAUUGGUCAAAGUUUUGCCCCCGGGAAGUAACUAUCUCAGUGAGCGUCUGUAUACUCUGAAGAAGAAGACAUCUUUGGACCCCAUUUGCAUUGGGUUUCUUGGAAGUACAGGGGCAGGGAAGAGUUCUCUGCUCAAUGCCUUGAUAGGGAAGAAGCUGUUCCUGCCAGUUUCUGGGAGCAAGACGUGCACUGCUUGUGUCGUGCAGGUGAAGAGAAGCAAGAGUAACUUUUGUGAAGCUACGAUUCACCUUCUCUCAGAUCAGGAUUGGAAGGAUGAGCUGAAAAAACUUGUGGCUUUGUUAAAUCCUGAGGAUGACAGCAAUAAUAAAACCUCUGCCAGCUGCGUGAGUGAUGCUCGUGCCAAGCUCAAAGCCCUUUAUGGGGAUGGAGCUGAAGAGAAAAGUUAUGAAGAAUUGCUACAGACAAAGCUGAAGGUCACUAUUCCUCCAAAAAGAGUAAUUCAAAUCAAGGAAAAGGAGGCAGAUCAGUUAUCCAAAGCACUGGAACCUUACGUUCGGGUUCAGAAUCAAGGCUUGAAUGCAUUCUGGCCAUUACUUAAUUAUGUGGAAGUGACUAUUCCAGGAUCAGACAUUCUUCCAGAAGGCAUCACGUUUGUGGACAUUCCAGGGACAGGAGAUUUUAACAGCACCCGGAAUGAAAUGUGGAAAAAGAGCAUUGAUAAAUGUUCAGUCCUCUGGAUUAUUAGUGCUAUGGAGCGUGUCGAAGGAGAGAGUGUGCAAGAAACAUUGCUGGAUGAAAGCAUCAACGCUUAUAUAGGAGGGAUCUGUACAGACAUCGCCCUGGUGGUCACAAAGUCGGAUGUGAUGGACCUGGAAGAAUACCAGAGGGAAAGAGUAAAACAAGACACACGGGGUCCUAUUGAGAAUGAACACAAUGCCAUUUUGGAGAGGAAUAAAGAUGUGAAGGAGAAGAAGGAGGGAAGCAUUAAGGAUUUCUUUCAGAAAAAGCUGCCACCUGAUUCAGAACUUCUCAACAAGCCUGAUCUGGUUUAUACAGUCAGCGCCAAAGCCUUCUGGAAUAAAAAAUAUCUCAACCAAGAAGAAACAGAAAUACCAAAGCUGAGGCAAUACAUCAAGGAGAUUUAUAUGAAGGAAAAGAAGAACUUGGUGACAGACUAUGUGAAUGAAGCUCUAGGCAUUCUCCUGCUUGCUGAGAACUUUGGUUCUGAAGAACAUCUUGUGGAGCAGCAUUUUCAGGAGAGUGGCGUGGAGGAGUUUGUGAAGAAGGAGAUUGAUGCUUUGGGGAAGAGCCUUGACAAAUGCUUCAGUCAGAUAAAACAGCCCCUUUGUGAAGGUGUAGAAGAUGCCAGAAAAGGCUAUGAGAAGACUGUCAAAAAUAUGUUCCAAAGAACUGCUGGAUACCAAGGUUUCCACAAGACCCUGAAAGCUGUGUGCUUGAAUAAUGGCACACAUGCCUCGAAGAUAUUUGAACGCAUAGAUUACAAUGCAAUCCUCACCAAACCUAUCUAUGAUAAAAUUAAAAUGAAUUUUGACAGCAUGUUCAGGAUUGAACGGAGCACCAGAGCCAAUCUGUGGGCCCAGCUGGAGAACUUUCAAAAUGUGGUUCAGCAGAAGAUAUGCCAAAUUGGAAGAGACAACAAGCUACCAGAUGACCACCCCAAGACUAAAACCUGCAUUCAUGAAACAAAUGUCAUCCUGACAAGACUACAAAAAGAAAUUCUCCAGAGGAAGAUGGGCAUCUACCAGACUCUUCCGGCAGCCAUCCAAGAUGUCCUAAAGCCCCAUUAUCAAGAGGCCUCAAGAGUUCGUGGCUCUCAAUCCUGUCAGAAGAUGCAGGAAAUCCUCCGGGAUAAUAUAAAGAAGGAGGUGAAGAACCAGAUGUUUGAGAAGGCCAAAUCGAAGAUGAUGAGCUAUUUUGAUGAACUGAAGAAAAUGAUUCUGACGACGCUGGAAAAAGAAACUUCCGCUGUGCUCAAACUGAUCUUGUUGCAGCAGGAGCAGCUGGCUGUGAAGUUGCCAGAUAUUGAGAAUGAGUGUCGAGAAAUCAAGCGCCUCCAUAGCAUGUUGCAAACUACCGAUUGAUAGUGACAAAAAUGCUGUUUCUUCAGAUGGUAUUUGAUCUAUAACACGGACAGCCAACCUGAGGCGCUCUGGUUGUUGGAGAGGCUUAUCAUCACUUUCUUGUGGUCCGACAGCAGCUGAAGCGUCUCAAGUUGGACACCUCUGUUAUAAAAGGCUUUGUUUCAAAUUGUGUGGAGGGCCUCGAAGCUUCUGGCGGCUUUACACACACACACUAAUCUUUACGCUUUCUGGCAAAAGUAACUGUGGAAAAGAAAUCAUUGCUUCUGCAAAUUCACAUCCAGCAGAGUUGUCCAGGGUUUGGGGAGGGCCUAGUUUAUGCCCCCUCCCCCUAGAAUUUGAACUUGGAAGCAUCAGUCACUCGCUGCGACGACUUCUGGAGAGGUCCAUUUAUGGUUGCCGCUGGCUCGUUUGGAGGCAACUCCGUCAGGACCGGGCCUUCUCUGUGGCUUCCCUUGGAAUAUGCUCCCUGCUGAAAUAAGAGCAUCUCCUUCUCUGUUUGCUUUUAGGAAGACCCUCAGGAUGCACCUGCUUUCUCAUGCUUUUAUCUGAAAUUAAUUUUGAACUGUUUAAUUUGUUUAUAUUUUAUGAUAUUGCUUUUACUGUAUUUUGGGAAAUUUUAACUGUUUUUACUCUGUUUUAUAUUGUGUCUUAAAUGUGUGCACCACCUAGAGAUGGACAUAUCAGGCAGUAUAAAAAUAUGAUGAAUGAAUAUAUAGAUGAAUUUAUAUCAAAGGGAGUUCCAGGCUGUUUAGUUGGCGCUAAAUGCAGAUUUUAAAGCUUGGCCCCUGUUUCUUUAGGGAUGUUUUCUGAAUAUUUUACUUAGCACCAUCCCGGGGCAUAGCGAUGCCACUGGCGGACCCUGUUCAGCCGGCGGUGGCAGCCCCCGACUCCCUAGCCACACACAGGGGACCUAGUUGUGUUUGCAAACAGGGCCGCACGCCCCGUUU